UAGGGUCUAGUGGUAUUUUGCACAUAGUGAGGAGGAAGAGGAUCUGAGAACUUCAGCCCUGAAGUCAGGGUGAAGAGAAGGGGGCAAUGUUGGGAAAGGCCCAGGGAACAGCAGCUGUAAACUGGAGGCAGUGGUAUGUGGCUGCUGUGUGUAGAGUAGUGGGUGGGCCUGGGUUCCCCCACUGGCCACUGAUGAAGUGGCCUAAGCCCCAAGAAGGGGACAAGGCUUGUUUAGAAGCCUGAGUGAAGGGUAGGAUUUAAAGGGCCCAGAGAUGGGGCUGAAGAUCCUGGUGAGGGCUGACAGUUUGUUGAACUCUUUGAUACCCCAGAAGGGAUUCAUUCAUUUUGGCUGUGUGACUUGGCUGGAGGAUUGAGCCACCAAAGACUUACCUUGUGCGGUUGGCAACCUACAGGGGGUGCCAGGAAUAGGGGGAAAAGAUUACAGCACCACACCCAGCUGAUAGGAGGCACUCGUGAGAGGACAAACGCAUUCACUCUGGAACUACUGAUACUGGUGUUUUGAGACUAAGCCUGUUCCCUCAUUGUUCCUGUGCAAGCAGGCACCGUAAAAAUGAAUAUCCAGGGGAAAGGCUUCCCUUUGGAUCUUGGGGGAAGCUUCACCGAAGAUGCUCCAAGGCCACCGGUCCCUGGUGAGGAGGGUGAGCUAGUUUCUACAGAUCCAAGGCCAAUCAGCCACGGCUUCUACUCUGGUAAAAGUGACGUGAUUAAAAAUGAGACUUCCACAGCAACACCGAGGCGCUCUGAUCUGGAUUUGGGAUAUGAACCUGAGGGGAGUGCUUCUCCAACUCCACCCUACCUGAAAUGGGCUGAGUCGUUACACUCCUUGUUGGAUGAUCAAGAUGGGAUAAAUCUGUUCAGGACUUUCCUGAAGCAGGAGGACUGUGCAGAUUUGCUGGACUUCUGGUUUGCCUGCAGUGGCUUCAGAAAGUUAGAGCCCUGUGUCUCCAAUGAGGAAAAGAGGCUUAAAUUGGCUAAAGCUAUUUACAAAAAAUACAUUCUGGACAAUAAUGGGAUAGUGUCCCGGCAAAUCAAACCAGCCACAAAAAGCUUCAUAAAAGAUUGUGUCAUGAAACUGCAAAUUGAUCCUGACAUGUUUGACCAGGCCCAAACUGAGAUUCAGUGCAUGAUCGAAGAUAAUACCUAUCCUUUGUUCCUUAAGUCAGAUAUUUAUUUGGAAUAUACAAGGACAGGUGGGGAAAGUCCUAAAAUUUAUAGUGAUCAGAGCUCAGGAUCUGGGACAGGAAAAGGACUGCCUGGAUAUUUGCCUACUCUUAAUGAGGAUGAGGAGUGGAAGUGUGACCAAGACAUCGAAGAGGAAACCAGCCGAGAUUCAGCCCCAUCCAGCAGGCUUACUCAGAAGCUGCUUUUGGAGACAGCCACCCAGCGUGCCACAUCAACCAGGCGAUAUAGCGAGGGAAGAGAGUUCAGGCAUGGGCCGUGGAGAGAGCCAGUUAACCCUUACUAUGUCAACACAGGGUAUGCUCUGGCCCCAGCCACCAGUGCGAAUGACAGUGAGCAGCAGAGCAUGUCUAGUGAUGCAGACACCAUGUCGCUGACAGACAGCAGUGUAGAUGGGAUCCCCCCGUACAGACUCCGAAAGCAGCAUCGCCGAGAGAUGCAGGAAAGUGCCAAAGCAAAUGGACGUGUGCCACUACCUCACAUUCCUCGUACGUACCGAAUGCCAAAGGAUAUCCAUGUUGAACCACAGAAGUUUGCUGCAGAGCUGAUUAAUCGCCUGGAGGAAGUACAAAGGGAACGUGAAGCAGAGGAGAAAUUAGAGGAGCGCCUUAAACGUGUUAGAGCGGAAGAAGAAGGUGAGGACGCAGACAUCUCUUCUGGUCCUUCAGUCAUUAGCCACAAGCUGCCUUCCGCCCAGGCCUUGCAUCACUUCACUCCUCGUUACUCCGAGAUGGGUUGUGCUGGGAUGCAGUUGCGAGAUGCUCAUGAAGAAAACCCAGAGAGCAUUCUCGAUGAACAUGUACAGCGAGUAAUGAAAACUCCAGGUUGUCAAUCCCCUGGACCUGGCCGCCAUUCACCUAAGCCCCGGUCACCGGAAAGUGGCCAGGCUGGAAAGAUGCAAGGGACAAUACCUCCAGGGCAUGGCAAGCAUGCAACAAAAUCAGGAAUGAAACUGGAUGCAGCUAACUUAUACCACCAUAAACAUAUCUACCACCACAUUCAUCACCACAGCGUGAUGAAACCGAAGGAGCAGAUUGAGGCUGAAGCCACUCAGAGAGUGCAGAACAGCUUUGCUUGGAAUGUAGAUUCACAUAACUAUGCAACAAAAUCCCGGAACUACACUGAAAGCAUGGGCCUGGCUCCCAACCCUGCGGAUUCCUUGGGCUACAGUGGGAAAGCGAGUCUGCUCUCAAAAAGAAAUGUCAAGAAGACUGAUUCAGGGAAAAGUGAUGGUGCCAACUAUGAGAUGCCCGGAUCUCCUGAGGACGUGGAGAGGAACCAGAAAAUCCUGCAGUGGAUCAUCGAAGGAGAGAAGGAGAUCAGCAGGCAUAAGAAAACAAGCCAUGGCUCCUCAGGUGCCAAGAAGCAGCUGGCUCAUGAGAUGCCCAGACCUCUGUCCAUCGAGCGCCCUGUCGCUGUGCACCCCUGGGUCAGUGCCCAGCUCAGGAACAUCGUCCAACCUUCUCACCCAUUCAUUCAAGAUCCUACCAUGCCGCCCAACCCAGCCCCCAACCCUCUGACGCAGCUGGAAGAAGCACGCAGGCGACUGGAGGAAGAGGAGAAGAGGGCUGGCAAACUGCCCCCCAAACAGAGGUUGAAGCCCCAGAAGAGACCAGGCAAUGGUGCUUCCCAGCCAUGUGAGAAUAUCGUGGUCGCGUACUACUUCUGUGGAGAGCCCAUCCCUUACCGCACCUUGGUCAAGGGGCGUGUGGUCACGCUGGGACAGUUUAAGGAGCUGCUCACCAAGAAAGGGAACUACAGGUAUUACUUUAAAAAAGUGAGCCAUGAGUUUGACUGCGGAGUGGUGUUUGAGGAGGUACGCGAGGACGAGGCCACCCUGCCCAUCUUUGAGGAGAAGAUCAUUGGAAAGGUUGAGAAGAUUGACUAACAGGAGAGCCAAGAGGCCUGGGAAAGAUUUUGGAAAUCUCAACAGUCUAGAGCAGAUCCAGAGUCGGUGCUCUGGGAGGCACAAAUCCCUCGGUACUGGGCUGACCCAGGCUGAGGGAGGCACCUCGAUCCCUCCCAAGGACUUCCAGGAGCUACGCAUUGCCAGGAAUUGGAGGAGUUCCACCACACAGACUUGCCGGCGGGAUGCCCACCGGGCUCCCUCUCCAGACAGAAUAUUACGUGUAUUGUAGCAUUGUACAGUUGCAUUAGAAAGUGUAAUAUGACCUUGUUUACUAAAGCUGCAUAUUUUUGAUAUAUUGUAAUAAAAGGAAAAUCUUUCCAAUGUCACAGUGCUCUUAUGUAAAUGUAAGACGUACAGGUACUUCGGAGCUCACCCAGUGUGUACAGCCAUCUGUCCAGCUCGGCAUGGAGCCUUGCCUUCAUCUGACCCUCCCCCUGUCCUGACAGUGGAUGGCUUUUAGUUGAUGCUACUGUGUGUGUGUUGAGGUGGAGAACUCCUUCGGGGAAGUCCACACAAGCUGCUAUCUCAGAUGCUGAUAUGGAAGCCCACACUUUGGCUGGCUCAUGCUGACCGUACAAAGUCCACAGUAAUGCAGGGGUGAAAAUCUGGGUUUAUGACAUUUUAACAAACCACUUUUAAUCUGUUAACCUUGCCCAUAUUUUAAGCCAGUGGUCUCCAAAGCAGGGUGCGUGCCCCCCAGGGGGUGCGCAAGAGGAUCCUUGGGGGUGCGCGGCAGGAGGAGCACUUUUUUUUUUUUCUCCUUCCAAUUUGGCAAAAAUGGUAGAGCCGGCACGGCAGGGGGUGCAUGCUCAAAAAAUUUUUACUGAUAGGGGUGUGCGAUCAAAAAGGUUUGGAGACCACUGUUUUAAGCCACCAGAUCUCCUAGGAGCUUUUUCUCCAAGCAUUCUUGUGACUGAGUAAGCACUGCAGGAGAGGGUUUGUAUUUAGGAGCUCCUAACACAGUGGUCUUUUGUUAGAGCACAUACUGUGGCUGGUUGUCACUGGAGUCCAUAUGUGUCUGGUUCCUGCAACUCAGGUGCAUCCCAGUGAGUGUUAGCUACGGUCCGGCCAGGAGGGGGCACCCGGAUUAGGGUUGGGAUCAGCAGGUACCAUUUUGAUGAGAGCUUUCUUUGUGAAGUGCUGUCUCCUGCUCUUUUCUCCGCAGAUGAGAGGUGAUAGUUGGAGAAGUCUGGUGACGCCUGCUCCCAGCCAUAAGCCUUUCCCGAGCGUGUGCUUCGCCAGAGGGCUCUCAUCGUAUGUAAUUAGCAAUCAAAGAGAGCCCUCCAUUCAAGCCUCUUGCUUCUUAAGACUUAGAAUGUAACAUCCCGCGAGGGGGGUUGCUAGGCUGGUAAUAAUUUGUCGUGUUGUGGCAAGGCAUGUCAGCCCUGCCAGUGCUGAGACCUGACGUGGUCACGGGAGUCUUAGCCAGAGCAAAUGUAGUGCAGAGGGAAAACCACUUGGAAACUUGCAGUUUCUGUUUCACACGGCCAGGAAAGGAGAGAAAUCUCACCAUGGGCUCUGCAGGUCGAUCUCUUCCGGUUGCACCGCUGUUAAUACCUGAAUCCUCUGAGAAAGGGCGCUCUGAGAGACUGUGAUGAAGGUGCUAAUCCCCAGGAGCCGGAGGCAUGCUUUGGCUGUGUUCGUGGCCACGUGGUAAAUAGAGUUGUUUCUGCCUGUUUCCCCUCGAUGGGCACAUCUAGGACCAUUUAUCAUCAGUAGGGCUGCCCAGGAAUCUCCUGGGAGGAUACAUCCCCUAAGGGUACGUCUUCACUACCCGCCGGAUCGGGUAGCAAUCGAUUUCUCGGAGUUCGAUAUAUCGCGUCUCAUCUAGACGCAAUAUAUCGAACCCCGAACGCGCUCCCGUCGACUCCGGA